UAAUAAACGCUCUAAAUGCAGCAACUCUAGUAAGAAGCGUUUUUUAACGUCGACAUUGUGAGGCAAAACAACAUGGCGGGAAUGAGAGAGCAAUACGACACUGCCCUGCUAGGAAUUUUACAACAUGAGGGACAGAUAUCUGGAUUUUUGGACGCCAUGUUUGGAUUUCUUUAUAGAAGAACUGAUUUUUAUCGGAUUAUGAAGCAAAAGACAGACAGACUUGGAUUUCCUCCAGGAGUAGCAGUGAAGCUUCUACUCAACUCAUACAAACAAUAUGAAGACCUGGCAAGGAAAGAUGAAGAAGAAAAAGAAAAAUUAAAAGGAAAGAAAGUAGUGCCAUUAGAACCUACUGAUACAGUACCUCCGGCAGCUGUGAGGACAGUGGAAGUAUCAACAUCUAACCAGCCUGUUGAGGAGGUCAACAGUGAAUUACAAAGAUCUGUUGAUUCAGAGCAGCCUUCUUCAGCAUCAAGUAGCCAGGCAACUUCACAACCAAUAGCCACAGAAGAUUUAAGUCGAGUUGAAAACAAACCUUCAGGCACAAAAAAACAGGAGGAGGAUCCAGAACUUACUAAACAACAGCAGAAGUUCCAGGCCAACCCUGCCAGUCACAAUGGUGCCAUAAGGGACAACUAUUCUUGGUCUCAAACUAUCAAUGAUGUUGAUGCACAAAUCAGGGUACCAAAGUAUUUAACAAAAGGCAAAGAUGUGAAGGUGGUGAUAGAGAGGAAACGGCUGAAGGUCUCCCACAAACAGGACACUGGGCAGUGGCAGGCUAUUGUGGAUGAUGAACUGUCCUGGGAGGUGAUGAAGGAGGAGUCCAUGUGGAGUCUGGUACCUGGUGAUCAUAUUCAUGUAAAUUUGGAAAAGAAAGAAGAGAGAUGGUGGGAGGCUUUACUUACAUCAGAAUCCAAGAUAAACGUGAGGAAGAUUGAUGCCAGUCGACCAAUGACAGAUCUGGAUGAUGAGGCUCAAGCCAAGAUUGGGGAGAUGAUGUACAAUGAAAGACAAAAGAAACUGGGACUCCCAACUAGUGAAGAAAAUAAAGCUCACAAGUUACUUCGGGAAGCGUGGGAUGCAGAAGGGUCACCAUUUAAAGGACAGCCAUUUGACCCCUCAAAGAUGAAUGUAAAUCCUGGUGGCGUUAUUUCCAUCAAUGAGGAUAAACCAUGAUCAUUCAAUUUACCCAAUAACUUAUAAAGACAUUGAACAUGCAAAGUUGAGAUAAAAUAUUACUGCUUUCAUUUUGUUUCAUUUCAUAAUCUUACAUGUAUUGUUAAAAGAUUGUUUAUGAAAAUAUUUCAUUGUGAAAUAAAGACUUGUUUAUUGA